AUGGUGCUCAACUCACUGUUCACGAACAACUUUGGCUCUCGCUUCCUCAGUGGCUUCGGGCCGGGUAUAGUAGGCGGCACUGGAGGUGUGGCAGGUGGUAUCGUUAACCUUAUGAGCGGCUUGGGAAGCAGUUCUAUAGGAGGUGGUUGCUGCGGUUUUAGCAACAACGGCCAUGGGAGUGGCUCAGGAGGUGGGCUAGCCGGACUCACUGGUGGUUUACUUAGUGCUGGACUGGCUACAACAUUUGCAGCUGCUGCUUUGGCUGCCACUCCUCCUAGCAAGCUUUCCAACAGUCCGCUAGUGAGUGCAACAAAUGAAUCACUAUUCCAUUCCACCAUCAUUGGACCGGCUACCAACAUUGUGGGUCCCAGCAGCCACCAUGGCGCCAAUCAGAGUACUUCUGGCUUGCGAAGAGCAAGCCUUGCCGUUCCAGGAGCAAGUUUGCCCAAAACAUUGCUGUCGAGCAGACAAGACAGCACACCCAGUCUUCCGGUGGGAGGGGAAUUGCAACAGCGGAGGCGGCGUGAUUCAGCAAACAAAUUCCAAGCCGACCCAAUUCGUCAGGCAGGUUCAAUAGCGGCAAUAAAUAAAGGAGUUAUGUUAACAGAAAUAGCGUCGCCUCGGUCAGGUCAGCGACGAAUGUCCUGUUCUCCUACGCUGGGUGGUCAACAGCAACACCAACAACAGAUAUUUCUUAUGCAGCUACAAUCUAGAUCACCUACAGUCCAUUCGGCCAACCUCUUGGGAGGAAGAACUGCAUUAUCGACCCUAGUAGAUGUGGAAAAAGGUGAACCAAAUGUGACAGAUCUUGAAGAGGAGCAAGCUUCAAACUUCCAAUCAACGGAGGAACAAAUAAAACUUAAGCAACGGUACAAAGAUAAUAUAUUUUAG